AUACUCUUCGCACGAAGACCAUUGGAACAAUAUCCGGUGUCGGAAGAUCUUUGGUUCUGGAUUUGUUUUUAACCUGACCUGCAGGGAUGUUGUGAUUGGUUGCGUAGUACGAUGUGUCAAAAUAUGAUACUGAGAGGCGUGGUGUUGCAGUACAAGAAAUGAUAACGAUGUAAACUGUUGUUGAGCGUCAUGAAGUGUGGUUGACUGGCAGCUUCAAUUUUAAAAUGUAGGAGUUAGUCCGCAUCCCAAAUGGGAGCUGGAAAACUCAACCGUAUCUAACAGGACUUAAUCGUUAUGAUACGGGUGAACCUGAAACUUAUGCUGUUCCUCCUAUGUAUUAUUGUGAUAUGUAUGACACUACCUUUGUGGAUGAAGUGUGGGGAAGCUGUAUAUGCCAGAAAAUCUCAUUCUGUAGAUUGGAACAACAAGAAACCUUCAAACAGUGUUCCAGGUCUAGGUGCAGGUGAUUUGCUGGAUCAUGGUACCGACAUACAGGGCUUUGAAGAAAUUGACUGCAGUAUUAACGGUGAAUAUACAGUGAGCUGCAGGAAAGAAGGGGGAGAAGUAUAUGUACCAUUUUCAUUUCUCAAUAAAUAUUAUGAGGUUUUUGGGAAACUUGCUACCUAUGAUGGGUAUGAAAGAUUUGAAUGGUCUCAUAGUUAUUCCAAGAUUUACAAACCUAAAGGAAAAUAUGAUCCAAAAGGAGUGUUCAUGUAUUUUGAGAACUACAAUGUUGAAGUUCGGGAGAGGGUCAAAUGUGUCAGUGCUGUGGAAGGAGUACCAGUGUCAACUCAGUGGCAACCUCAGGGUUACUUCUAUCCCACACAGAUAGCACAGUUUGGCUUAGCACAUUAUAGUAAAAACAUGACAGAGCCAGAACCUCAUCAAGUGGUUGUUGAGGAUGGAGAUAAAGAGAGAGGAAGUUGGAGAGUACCUAAAGACGCUGAGCUUAAUUAUAUAAAAAAUGGCACAGGGAACUACAUUGUCUGUUUUAAGAGCCAAGAAAACAUUGUAGAUGGUGUCACAAUACAGCUUGAUCAUGUUAUGGAUUUGGUACUGAGCCUUAACUUCAAACUUGAGGGCAAUGGUAGUUUCACAGUGACACUGCAGAAUCGUGAGAAGCAUGAAUGGUUCUAUCUACACUACAUCAGCUCUGACCUCCUUAUAUCAGCCCAGGAUCAGCACACCUACCAUGGUAUUGGUCAUCAAUCUGAAUGGCGCCUUCUGACACGUGAUCUCAUCAUUGACCUACAGAAAGGUCUGGCAUAUCAGAAAAAGCCCAAAAGAAAGCUGUUCAGAUCCAAAAUAAAGGUUGUAGCUUUGACAUUUCAUGGAACUGGGUGUGUGGAUAAUAUAACUCUAUCAUCCAGUCAACACAUUGCUCAGUUUUAUGAUGCUGCCCGGUGGCUUGUUAACCACCAAGACUCAAAUACAGGUGGUUGGCCUAAUGCUGUACGCAGGAGGCUGUCGUCUGGAAUGUUAGAUCUUGAACCAGGCUGGUACUCAGCAAUGGGCCAGGGCCACGCAAUUUCUGUCCUGGCACGUGCAUACCACCAUUCAGGAGGAGACCCACAGUAUCUUCAAGCUGCUGUCGCUGGACUCAAACCAUUUCGUGUGUCAAGUCAGAAUGGAGGUGUGCUAGCAAUGUUUCUUGACCAACUACCUUGGUAUGAAGAAUAUCCUACACAGCCCUCCUCUUUUGUGUUAAAUGGAUUCAUUUAUUCGUUACUAGGACUGUAUGAUUUGCAGACAAUUGCACCAUCUGACACAGCUGCUGAGGCAGCAGAUCUAUUCAAGCGUGGUAUGAGGUCACUCAAGACUUUGCUACCAAUGUUCGACACAGGUUUUGGAUCUGUUUAUGAUUUACGACAUUUUACAUUGGGAACAGCACCUAAUCUAGCACGGUGGGACUACCAUGCCACUCAUGUCAACCAACUGCUGUUGCUUGCUACCAUUGAUUCGGAUACCCUUCUGGCAGAAACAGCUGAUCGUUGGGCAGGCUAUAUGAUGGGCAAGCAUGCAGCACACAACUGAAGCUGAACAAUUUCUUUACAGCAUGUGAAACAUGUUAUUUGGUAAUCAGCUUUAUUUUGUUGUAUGUACUUAUGUUUGUCAUCCUAAACUUCUCUUAGAUGCUAUGUAUGACUGUAAGAGACAUAACACUGCAUUAUGGUAAGAAAGUUUACAGUAUGAUUUGUUCUUGGUAACAUUACAUGGUAAAUGACUUUAUUUUCUGUUAGUUUUAAUAGAUUUCUACAUUAUACAUUAGGAUGAUAAAUCGGAAGCUUCAUUAUCAUUUGGAAAAAAGAAAUCUUUUCUUGUGUAGGAGUUUGUGGGGGGGGUUAUAAAAAUAAAGCUAAAUCCAAUGAUUAAAUGGAUGCUUAUGAAAGAACCGACUGGCAGUCUUUUUUGAAGUGAAGUUAUUGAAGACUAAUUUUACCAGUCAGCUUUUAAAAAAAAAUUUAAAAAGAAAUAAAAAUUACAGAUGUGUGCCUUACCACACCAAUGUUGAUCGCAUAAUAGUAGGUUCUUAGUAAGUGUCAUUAUUUCAACAAUAAGUAAUAUUUACUUUUUUUACCAAUGAUGUUGGUAACCUAAUUGUAGCGUUUUGUUGGUUCCUUUCAUUUUUACUUACAUUUGGAGCACUUUUUAUGCAGAAGUAGGGCAGUUGCCCUGUUUUUCGCAUAGUGAUUGAUUGUCUGCAAUUAAUUGUUAGUUUCAUUUGUUGUUUUAUAUUUUUGAUUUUAUUGACUUUUUUUAAAUAAUUUGAGAUGUGGUCAUCCCUCAGGGUGUAGUAACCUUUCAUACUGCACUGAAAUUGUCAGCAGAUGUUUUUUAACGUUAGAAUCUCACAAAGUCAUUUGUCUAUUUGACACCCAGUACACUGUACUGAUAUCAACAAUGUUAUGGUCCCAUGGUUGUUAGUGUUGCCUCGACAUUGCUGGAAUUAUAGCCACUUCAUUGUUCCAUGUUCUAAGAGUGGCAGGUUCUUAAACAGCAUUGCAGGCACAAUGUAGAUUAUAUUAGUGUUGUAGUUAUUCACACUGAAGGCACCACAAACUGAGUGCAAUUUUCUUUCUUGUCAUUGUAGUUGUUUAGAGCUGCUAUGUAGUGUUAUUUCACACAUAACUAAGUGCAUUAUUAAUUUAUAUUAUUUUAGUUUGCUGUAAAUGUUGCCUGUUUUUGAUGAAAAGGUGCUGGUGGUUUUUUUGAAGAGGGGCUAGUUGUUCAAUAUAACUUAAUUUUCUAUGCAGAUAGUGUAUAUCUUGGGCUGCUAUGAAACAAGGUUGAAAAGUUAAGACACAAAGUUUUAAGUUAAAAGUAUAGUCAUAUAUAAUUUUUAGGUAAAUCUUACAACCAUUUUGAAAUCCUGUCUGUAUACCCCAUGUCUUCCUUGAGACUGAGUAUGUUGUGAACCAUUGUUUUAUAUUUAUUGCAUUGAGAGAGCAUUUUACCAAAUUUGGUGGCUCCUUGUAUAAAGAUCUCAUGUUCUUUUUCACUCAAAUACGACUAUGUUGACUAUGCCAGUAAAGCAUAUAAAUAUUCCUCACCACUAGUUAGGCAUUGCUCAAUAUCAGGCAUCCAGUUUUCAGCAAAACACGUUUAUUUCCUGGUGUUAUAAAAUGUCAGCAUCACACGGAAACGCUGUUCUAAUAACAUGCAUAAUGAAAUUUUUGUGACAUUCACACACUUACUGUAGGACAAAAAUGUAUUGUGUUUCUGAGUGUUUAUAAGCUUCAGUUUUGUAUAUUAAGAUAUAGUUCACACAAGGAACCCCAAGACAUAAUUAUGAAAAAUCGGUAAAGCUGACACUCUAAGUUUGUAAUGAAUGUUAGAUAGAUGAUCAAUUCAAAACCUGUAAAGACGGUGUAGUCAUUCAUUUUCCGAAGAUAUUAGUUAAUUGCUAGGUAUGCCUAUGCUUGUAUGAUGGUCAUUGAUCAGUGCAUCUCUUUGUUCAUUCUAGCCGUUAUAAUUACUUACUGAUACACUCAAAAGCUGGUUUGUUGGUAUCACUGUUCUUCAUUUGCUGUUUCUUCAGCUCCUCUUGAUUACUUUGUCAGCUUUGUUUUCUUGCAGUGGAUGUCCUGCUCUUGGAUUUUAAUUAUAUUGUUAAAUAUGUGAUGCAGAAUUUUGAGGAGAGGGUGAUUUGUGUAAAUUAAGCUAUGUGAAUUACCAAGCACAUUAGUUGUCUGAUGUCAUCAGUCUUCCAAAAACUAGUUUUGUUAAUUUUUCAGAUUUUGAUUUCUCUCCAGCAAAUAACAUGUGACAAAUCUGAGAAAACUGACCUUAAAAGAGGACAUUCCACGUGCCAGAGAAAAUCUGCUAAUCCAGCUCAGUUUUCAUGUUUAUGGAUAACUAAUUCAGUGUUGCUGCUUUUCUUGGGAGAAAUAUUAUGAUUUAGUCGAAGGGACUUCAGUGUAUGGUAAAAGGAAUUUGAAAAGCAAAAAAACACCACAGCAACAUCAUGUAGAUAGAUCUUUAUUGUACAACACAAUGAAAUUGUAUUUUCUUUCAAUUCCUCAUGGAAUACUGAAUAUGUCUGCAUAAAGUAGAGAGUGGUUUGUGUCUCCAAACAGGUUUCAUAGUUCUGUGACUUAAUGUUAUCAUGUAGUUAUGUUAAAAAUGAAAGUAGUUCUCUAAAAUAGCUGGGAAUUAUGUAAUAAUGCUGUUGUUCAUUAUUUUGAUGCUAGCUCAAACACAGUGUAAUAAAAAAAUAAUAUAUCUUCUUAAGCUACACUAUUCACUAAAGGGUGAAGCAAAAGUUGUCCCUACUCAGUAUGCAUGUUGUUGCAUAUAUCUUGUUUUGUUGUUUCCAUUGUACAAUUUCCACUACUAUACUAAACUUUUUACAUGAGUUUUGUCCCAUUUGACAGGAAGCUAGUUCUUACUAGAGCAUUACAAUUUUUGCAUACAGCAAAUAGUGACAAUAAAACUAGAUAGUCAAGGAAGACAAUCAUUUAACAAAAUGAAAGUAAUAAUAACAACAUGCAAUAUAACUUCCAUGGAUACAAAUGUUGAUGUUAGUGGAGGGAGGUUGAUGUUAGAGUGAAGUAGAGAGGUGAGAAAAUAGAGAUGGGAAAGGUAAUGUGUACUAUUUCCCAAAGGUUUUGUCAUUAAUGUUGAAAAUGGGUAAGACAUUGUGGGAUGAGUAACACAUACAAGUACCAAUGGAAUGGAGGGAUUGUUCUAUGUAUAAUACAUAAUAUGCUUUAAAAUUUUGAAUAGGAAUUGGGGGGGGGGGGGCACAUGAGUAGCGGAAAGAGUGCCAUAAUAUUGAAAAAUUGAAAUAUUUGUUUGACAGGGAAAAGCACCUUCUUAAGUCAGACAUCAAACUAAUCUUAAAGGAGAAAUUUCUGUAAGCAUGUAUGUGAUGUAUGGCAUAAUUUGACAGUAAACAAGAGAAAAGGGGGUCUUAAUCAUUUAAAUCAGAUUAUCAGAGAACUGUCAACAAAUUAAGGUAUGUCACAAAGAAUGAGUUAAGUAAUAGAUAUGAAAGGAAACUGUGAAAAACAUUACAAGGUUAUCGGUAAGAUAUGUGAGACAGUAGUCAUGGUAAUGUAGUCAGAAUGGAGUGAACAUUAUAUAAAUAUUACUGAUGAACUGUGAGAUUGAAACCUGUUGCAGCAUGGUCCAGGACAAGACACUGUGAAUGGUUACUUACAAUGCAUAAAUGUUAGUACUGUAAAAGAAAGAGGAAACAAAUAGCACAUUAAUUUUAUGUCUUCAGCUUCUGUGUGUCACACGUGACCAUAUCUUGAUUUUUUUGUGCUUUCUACAAAUUUCCAAUUUGUACUAUAAUGCAGAGUUCAUCAUUUGUAGUAUAUGUGUAUGCUACUGCAGUGAAUGUUGCUGGAAAUAGCUGUUGCUAGUCCAUAUUGCUGAGGUGAAUACUAUAUUGCCCUUCUGUAAUGUUUUCAAUACUCAUCCAUAUAAAGACUAUGUCAUUUCUUUUGUUGAAACACCUGCUACUGUUUCCUAGAGCUUUAAGUGCAUAAGCACAAGUUAUAGUAUUGUUUCACUAGGUUGUCAUCAUUUUUAGUCAUAAUUAAUGAUAAUCCCCAAUUUUUUCAUUUAUGUAAGUGCCAUAGCCACAAAGAUUAUAGAGUUUAAUGUUUGACUAAUGCGGAAUCUACUGUAUACAGAUUUAGCUCAAUCUCCACAAACUAAAUUUCAGAGGAAAUUCAGGGAUAUUUUACCUGUUCAUAUAGCUUAAUGCUCAGUACACCAGCUCGCAAGACAAUGAGGUGAGCCAGAUCCAGAUCAAAUUGCGCAGCAGAUUAACGACCAUAGCUAACACACCAUCUGGUCCAAGUGUGGUUGUGUGCAGUUUCACACACUCCUUUAGGGACGUGCUGGGAUAGUCCCCAAUUUCCGCAUGAAAAGAUAUGAUUCACAAACAGUCAAAAUAUGAUAUCACACAGAAUAAGAGUUACACAGUUCACAGACAGGUGAUGCAUGUGACUUCCCUCUCACAGGUAACUCACAACUGCAGCAACAGGAAGGCCAUUCGACCACAAAGUUAAAAAAAAAAAGAAAGGUGCCAAAACUUGACUGCAGUGGAGCACAAGUAAGUGAUAGUGAGGAGAGGAAGAAGAAGAAGAAGUUCAGGGAUAUUUUGCAAGUAUUUUGGUAUAAUAGUCUCCAGUUAUCCAAUUUGUCAUUGCUUCUGUGAAAAUACCUUCACAACAAUGAAAAAGCCUCUAAUGUGCAAUCAACAAAAUGUACAACAUAAAACAGGGUAAUGCAACAACCCUCAGAUGGAUAGAAGCAUACUGCGACAUUUUUGCUGUUGCUGUGAGAGCAGCUUGAGACUGCACUGGUCUGCCAUUCUUCAAUUGCAUAUGAUGGACCCAUGGAUGAUUGCAUAUCAGACAACUCUUUUUCAGUAAAACAGUCCAUACUGCUGUGUGCCAGUGUUGUCUACUUGCAGCUAACUGCCAGAAAAACAAACCUGAGGCGGAAUUUAGCAGUACUGACGACAAGCUUGAGGGUGAAGAGUAAAGUGUACAUUGCUGUUGUCAAUGGCAAAUACUGUGAGUGAAUGGAAUGCAAGACAGACAGUAUACAUACAGUCAAUUUUGUGUCUGUUGUCCACAUAUUUUCAGCUCAGUACAGAUUCAGAGAGGUAAUUGAAUAUAAGAAAGCAGACAAAAUGUAAUUACUCUAUAACAGACCGCUGAAGACCAUGGGUAUCUUAUACUCAAAUUUUCAGAAAAUAUCCCUGAACAAACUCUGAAAUUUUGUUGGAUGAGUUUGUGUUCAUUCCGUAUGCACCACAUGAAAUUCAUAGUGAUACUGAUUGGGAAUUCUUAGUCCAUAUUGAAAAUACAUAUUGUCUGUUAGAUAAUAUGCACUAAAGUGCAACAGAGAAUUUUCAGUUUGUUUCAUCAGAUGUAUGCCUUUACAGUGUCGGUGAUCUAUAGCAUUUAACAUAUUUAAUGACUAUUUCUAUUGAUCUGCAUCCCUAGUACUAGAGCCUGUCUUUGUUUUCUGCUGCUCUCAUACUUUCCUGACAUUUGAUGCAUGGGCAUCCACAGAAAUUUAUCCAAGAGGGGACAAAAUUGCAGUAUUGUCAGUUUUGAUUAACUGAUUCUGUGAAUUUGUAGACGUAUCUUGCUCCAAGAAUUAAAUUUGACAAGAAAUACAGUAAAUUUCCUCAUCUUCAACAGUUGAUAGCUAUCCAUUCAGCAGAUUUUUGAAGAACAGUUUCUUCCUAAAAGAUAAUUAUAUUUCAUUUGUGUAUGUGAACUUCAUUUUUUACAUUAUUAGUUCCCCCUUUUCAUGUGUUAAUGGCCUGACAUGAAGUCUUCACUUAGUUAAAUCAGUUGGUUUGAACGAGUUACAAAAUAAAGCUAGAAAAUAUAUAUUUUUUUAAAUGUAUAUUUCUAUUCAUUUACCAAUUAUACUGAGUUGACAAUGGAAAUUAAAAAAUGGAAAUAAAGCAGUCAGAACAUCAGAUAAAAUGCUGCCAAAUACGUGCAAAAACAACUGAUGAGAAAUGCCUUUGAAUAAUACUCUUCAAAGUGAAGACAGAAAACAAGAAGUACUCUCUAAAACAUCUCUUUCACAACUUUGAUGCAUCCGUUUUUGCUGUAAGAGAGCAUUGAAAGUGACACCACACCAAGGAACAGCCCAGUUUCCUGUGAACUGCUUGACAGACAAGCAAUUCUGAGUAGUUUAGUGAUUGAUAGCACUCGGUAGUGCUAAAUCUUUGCUUUAGUAGAAAUGCAAACAGCUGUUUAUAGAAAUGCAUGAAAUUUGUGCAAUGAUUUAAAAGGCUGUAUCCCAGAUUCCAGAAAAGGCUAGGUGCCUCAUCUUGUCUAGCCUUGUGGAUGCCUAUAAUUGGAUGGUACACUGUAUUCCUUUCCAUCCCUUGCCAAUCACCCUCUUUGGAUCAAGACUCUGAUUUAAAAUCUUCAUUCUGAUCAUAUAUUUUUUCUCCACUCAUAUUUUAUUCAUCCUUGCACAGAAAUGAUGCUUGAUUUGACCAUUUGAAGGUGCGUUGUUACCAUAAGCAAGUUAUUAUUGACUCAUUCAUUAUACCUAUCUUCAGGAAGCAGUUUUAUUGAAGCCAAACUUUUCUCAAUAGAUGGUGCACUAUGGUUGUUGCUAUUUUUGGAAUGCCUACAGUUACUAGCAAGUGUAAGAAGUAUGGAGUCUUGAUUGGUGUGAUUGUAAAGAGAGGAAGGAAGAACUUACAUUAAAAACAGAAUAGGUCGUGACAGGGUAUACUGGCAGUGGUAACACUUUUAAUUCUGUAAUACAUUGAUAAAGAUAAUGAUAUUGUCUUUUUUAUUUCAUCUUGGAUUCUCACUCUUCUAUCCUGCAGUUUUAAGUGGAUGAUUGGGAUUGAUUUAUUACAUGCAUAGUUAAAUAUGUGUUAUUUGUGUCUUCAUUAAGAAUUUGUGACCACUGGACGUCUCCAUGGAGUACAGCCCUUUGUGUAGCUCUAUGUCUGCUCCACAUUUAACUUGGGGUCACAACAGGAUUGGUACACUUCUAUUACAUACGAAGUUUGCAUGAUGUUAUUUUUGUCCAACUUGUUUAUGUUACUGUUUUUCAACAAAUCAAACGGUUCAUCUGCAAAGCACUUACUGGAGGCUUAAGUCAGCUUCAGCUAUGUCCCCAGAGACUUUAUAUACCACAAUCAGCUUCCUAUUUAUCAUAGUGAACAUUUUCUUCCUGUUUUUGUGUACUGGUACUUAUACUGGUAAAAGGAUAUGAGAUGUUGUUUCCUUCAGAGGUAUAGUGAUAUUUUCUAAGACCAGUUAUAGCUAAGAAACUUUCUAUAAACUUAUUUCUGUAAUUGUCUUCAAAUGGUGCUAGAUUUUUAUGUGUAUUGCAACUUAUUCUUGUAGGAAUGAGCUAAGCUGUUCAUGUUUUUAAAUUUAAAUUAUUCUGAAAGACUGAGAGACCAAUAGAAUGUAAUUCAAGAAAUGCAUAGUUGAAAUGUUGCUGGUUUUCUCUACAUUUAUUAUGAAAACAAACAAGAAUUAGCAACAUAAACUGUUAAAGUAUUUAUCAAACAUUGUGAUGGUAGUUGUUAAAUAAUGUCUGUUAUGUAUGUAGGGUAGUUGAAAGGAUGUUGUAUGUGUAUAAAAACCAAAUAGAUUGAAAUGUUUACAUGUUAAUACCAUAAUCAAUUUGUGUACAAUAAGAGACUGAAAUAUAAACAGCAUUGAUUAAUCACAUUUAAGGAGAAAGUAAACAGCAAAAAUGCAGAGUUGGGAUGUCUGUGCAUGUAUAUGUGUGCUAAUACAAGUAAAUUAAGUUUCUGAUCACCAUUUAAUGAUGUUUGCUGGAGCUUUCAGCUGAAAUAUUGGGAAUAUUUUCAGGUAAUUUUUCUGCAGUGGCUGAGUUUCAUUGUUGAAUACAAGUGAAAUAUAUCAGCAUUCAUGCCACCCAAUUCAGUUAAAAACCUUCCAGUUGCUCCAAAAUACUUAUACCACAUGUAACAAAUACAUAUAUUUUCAGAUUUCCCAGUACUGAAGGUGACAUCCAUCACAUUAUUUGACAUGUUUAUUUGUGAGGUUUCAUUAUAAUUUGAGUCGUUUCAAGGUGUUAAAUUAUUGUUUUCUUCUUUUAACACACCUCUAAGUGUAUUAAAUUGUGUCAUACUAUACUGCUUUCUUUUAAACAUUUAUGGUUAUACUGUGGAACAUACUCUUUUUAUUCACUUUCACUUGAGUUAUGUUCAUCAGUGCAAACUAUGUGGAGGAAGAAGAACUAUUUUCGUUAUUCACAUUGUGAGCCUAAAGGACACGGGUCAUUUUUUAAAUGUGGUCAACAUGUAAAAAAGGAAUACCUGUGAUUGGCGAUAGUACUUUUGGUUUGUGAAUAUUGUAGCUUCGGUGAGGAAUGAAGAAAGCACAUGCAUAACCUGUAGAAGUUCAUACAAAAGCUAUCCUGUAGUGAAUGCAGAACAAACUUUCCAGUGAAAAAUGAGGAGGGGAAUUAAUAAAGUAUGUUAUUUGUGAGUUCAGUUGAAGCUGCAAGAAAGAACCAACCCUCCGUUUAGUAAAGAUUGCUACGGCCACGUUGUUGGUUGUCUAUUUGAAUAAGUCCCAGCUGAGUCCAAGUGAUUCCCAUUUACCAUUAGAAAAAACUCUUUUCUGGAUUUUUUUUGUCUAAAUUGUAUUAACAUUCUAACACGUGAUUACUCAAAAUACACUGUUUUGGGUUAAAACUGUCUUCCACCGACCUCUUCAGUUUUCACUGAUUUUCAUACUGAUUUCAUAGUUUUUAAUUUAGGAUCUUGGAAGGCAGAAAGAAAUUUUGAAUGGAUCAUUUUUUGAGUAACUGUGUUCUUAUGAUUUCAAGUGUUUCUAGUGUCAGUAGAGUCCAGUAUUGACAUAUAGCUUUCUUUUAUCUGGUAUCUUCUACCAGGUAUAUUGAGGUGCAAUGUAUUUUAUUAAGCAGAACUUUGGGUAUUAAGUGACACUGCAUUAAAAUUCUUGAAAUAAAACUCGGAGACAUGUUUAUUCAUUAUAUUCAGAGCAGACGACAUAAGCAUCAAUUGCUUGUAAACGCGAUAAGAGCCAAGACGAACUGUGCAAUAUGUUAGACAAUGUUACUGCCAGCAUCAAGCUGUUUACUACUUAUAUGCUGCAGGCACUUAUAUUUUACAGAAUUGCAGCUAGACAUUUUCAAAGAAGUACAAUAUUUUUCAUGUCAUCUGUUGUUCUGUAUUUUGAGUGUGCUUGUAAAUUAAAUAUCAGUCUUUGCCAAUGUGUUGUCUACUUCUGGACCCUGGUAUUUGAUUAAAAAAAUUCAUACAACUCCUAGCUUAUAAAAUUUACGCAAUGAAGAGUUCGUUAUGUUGUUUUUACCAAAUUAGACUGUAUUUUGUAGCUUAAUAUGCUUUGAUCAUUCCUUUGGUUAAAAACCAGUAGGAAAUUAGUGUGAGAGUUUCACUGAAAAUAAUUAUUUUACAUCUUUAAUUCCAUAUUAACUUUGUAUUAAGUUCUGUUUCACUAAUAAUCCACUUCCUAGCUGAAAUGAAAUGUUCUCUUAUUCUAUGAGAACUUACCACUGGCAGUUUCAUUGCAUGAUUUACUCACACAUUGUGAGAUUUUUGAGUAUUACAUAUUUUAUUUGAAAUAUAGGAAUGUAGAAGGAUUUUUUAUUAGCAUAUUGAUUUAUUUGAUGUAACAUUCCUCUGUAAUGGCACUCUUUAAAUUUUUUACACCAAUGAAUUAACAUUACCUUCAACUUAUAGUUGGUAUGUUGAAAAUAUGUAGCACAUGUGCCACUAUGGAAAGUGCAAUAUAUAAAUCCUUACAACUACAUAUUUUUAUUUUGUGCACUUUGUAUGGCUAUGAUAAUUACUGGGUUAUUUUAUCACACUGUGAAUUUUCUUGUGUAUUUCUGCCGUUCAGGUAAAAUGUAUAUAAGAGAUUUUUGUGAGGGAAAAUUUUGUAAAAUUAUUAUUGGUUUUGAAAUGUGAUAUGCUGUGUCACUUUGGAAAUUAUUACUUGGUGAAGCACCAAAGUGCAUCUGUGUUCCUGCCGGCUGUUGUAGUUUGUUGUUAUUGAGAUAUUCUAUGAAUUGUGGAACAGGUUUGUGUGUGUGUGUGUGUGUGUGUGUGUGUGUGUGUGUGAAAUGUUUAUUUUGUUCAACAAUAAGGCAGUUUUGUGUAUCAGUUUGAAGUGGCUCUAAACAUUAUGAAAAUAUGCUAUGACGUUGACAUGUUGAAAGUUAGAUCUGUAACAUGUUACCGUAAUACAAGAGUUACAUGUGGAAUAUUGAAAAAUUGUUUUGAAGGUACAGCAAAAGUAUUCAGAAUUACAAGGAUGUAUCUUUAUUGAGUCUGCAGAUCUCACAGGUUAUGUAAAAUAUAGUUACACCAUUAUUUGUCUGUUAAAAUGUAAUGAGAAACACACUCUUUAAUCAACUUGUGCUUCUAUACUUUAAAUUCAGGCAGAUUCUUUUACUUCAAACAGAAGUGCUUUAUAAAUAGAUUACAGGAAUGCUACUUAUAAUAUAUGACUAAUAAUGAAAUAAACCAAUAUUCUGCUUCAUACAGUAAUAUGAUCACAAUGGAAUUUCACACACUGCAGAUCUGCUGCAAAUGCAAUUGCCAAGAGUUCUACCAUGAAAUAAUUGAUAUGAUUUACAUCAGUGGUAGCUCGACUCACAAACUUGACAUAGCUCUUGAUGGCAUUAUAGUGUAGUAGAAAUUUAUGCCUCUAUAUCUACAGCCAUGUAGACUCAUAGGAGCUAGAAUUAUAUUGUGUUUAUUUUUCAUGAUUUCCAAUGUAGUGUCAGAGUUUUAUUCAAUUUGUCAUAUAUAAGCAUAGUUUAUUGAUUGUAUCAUGCUUAUGUUAUGGUUGAUUGCAAAUUGCAGUCAGCUGCAUAUGAAACCAGUUCAUCUGGCCUGGAAAGCUGACAACAGGUGGGAGAGGGAUAUGCUGAUCUCAUGCCUCUCCAUACUGUACCUGAUUGACGCCAUUGGCAGAGUUGACAUAUAGCCAGUUGGCAUCUCAUUGUUCCGUGAGCUUGGUUGCAGUGUUAAUGUAUUUUAUGGCACAGUCUCCUACAAUUUAAUUGUGUACCAUGUGUGAAAGACAGUGAUCGUCAUGUGCUUGAUGUUACCCCACUCUCGGGGCAAUCUAGUUUGAUAUGAAAAUAGGAGUAAGAAACUUCAAAAUUCAGUGAUUGCUUUAGUAGCGCUUUUAUUUUGAUCACCAGUUUUAGCAGACUAUGUUGCAGUCUUUGGAUCUGAAAAACAUAGAAUGGACAAGUACAAAACUGGGUGUGAAACUUCUACAUAACAUUUUUAACCUAAUACAAAUCUAUUACAUGCCUUAUGUACUUCACUUCAAAGAACCUCAUACAAUAAUUUGUGUCACGUAAUAAAUAGACAUUCCAGGUAUGUGCAUGGAAUAUUAUAUUACCUUGUCAAAAGUAAAACACAGUGCACCAAAUAUACAUGCUCGCGCUCGCUUGAAAGUUGCAUGCAGGCUAAGAUUGGGUAGUAAACAUAGCAGAUAUUACAAUCAGCCACCAGGUGGCACCACAGUAGUAACAAACUGAAUUACAGCAUUUUAUAUAAAACCUAAGCCCAAGAUAUAAAUACUUAUACAUGUUUACAAUGUAAUUAGAGUAUAUUUUUUAUCAUUAAAAAGCUAGUUCUAAAAAAAUUAAAUUUAAUUCUUUGUUAACCAUAAAAUGAAAUUCUGCAUAUCCAUAAUUAUCUUUCAGUGUGUGUUAAAGAAGCAAAACAUAUUGAACGUUCAAACUAAGUACAUCGACAAACAGGGUGGUGCUUUAACGACUUGUUUCUUGAUGUAUUUAGUGUGUAUGAUAUUUUAUAAUAUGAUUGUUUUGCUUUUGACAUGCCGAUAUACUAUGCCAUUCAUAUUCUUGGACUGUCUAUUUAUUAUCUGACACAAACUGUUGAACUCAUGGACGAUAUUCUUUGAAGUAUAUUGCAUUAGGUGCAUUAUGGAUCCAUGUUAUGUUAAAAAUGUUAUGCAGAUAUCUCACACCCAAUUUUGGGCUAUUUGGUGUAUACUUUACAGAUAUGAAGAUGACAACAUAGUUUUCUGAAACUGGUAAUCUGAAUAACAGCUCUGUGAAAGUGAUCAUGGAAUUUUGAAGUUUGUUACUUUUAUUUUAAUGAUGCAUCAAUUACAGCAAUAUCUUUCAACAAGUUUUUUUUCCACUUUUGUACUGGCUUUCAUAGUCCUCUUGAAAGCUGUGCUAUUUUCCUAUACUGUAAAUCCUGUUUCAUAAUACUAACCAUUUUUGUGUACUGUUUGUUCAUAAACACAAGUAAUGUUGUGUAGUUUGUUUUACUUGUGUGUGACUAUAUGUAAUUAGGAAUUAAUGGUGGUGACAGUGGUUACUCGUUGUUUGUUAUAUUAAUAUUGCCAUUGAUUUAGAGCAUGUCUAAAAAGACCGAUGAUCUGAUAUCUGAAAUAACUGUAAGCAUUCUGCUGAUAUUUGAUGAGAACCAGUGAAUAUUCUUUGUAUUAUAAUCCUUUUGGUCGUGAUCUCUGUUUUUAAAUGAAUUUCUUCUGUGUUGUUUGUUAUAUUAUUUCAUAUUUCUGGCUCUGAUAAAUGCAGUUCAGAAUAGUAUAAAAACUUUUGGCAUGAAUAUCUCAUGAGGUCUAUCUAUCUACUUGUAAAGAUCCAUCCUUGUGGUACAUUCCAAUGCAGUGGUUUUUGUCUCACUUUGAUGUGCAAAAUAACAAAUUUAUGAAAUGAUGUGAGUGUAUAUAUUUUAAAUUUGAACUCCAAUCCUAAGACAAUACAUACUUUACUCUUUGUAAACUGUUGUACAUAUAUUGUUCAAAGCUUUAUUCUGUAGGUACUGAUAAACUGACAUUGUAUCAUAAGACAUCUGAGGGUAUUACAAUAAACUUUUGCAAUUUUUUUCAA